AUGAAGGUUUCAGUUACGAAGUCAGGACUAACCACAGUUUAUUCCUGGCUCUAUACGCAUCAGUAUUCAACCAAUCCCAUCCUCACUACCUUGUUCAACAAGUACGUGGACAAAACCAAUGUUUCGUCCUGGAAUUCAGUCAUCGCCGAGUUGGCUCGGAAUGGAGACUCAGUCGAAGCCCUCAGGGCUUUCUCGUACAUGCGAAAGCUCUCUCUCAAACCAAACCGUUCGACCUUCCCUUGUGCCAUCAAAUCAUGCUCGGCCUUAUUCGAUCUCAAUUCGGGUAAGCAAGCCCACCAACAAGCUUUGGUCUUUGGCUUCGAAUCAGACCUUUUUGUGUCUUCUGCUCUCAUUGAUAUGUACUCGAAGUGUGGCAACUUAAAUGACGCAAGAACAAUGUUCGAUGAAAUUCCUCUAAGAAACGUUGUGUCUUGGACUUCAAUGAUCACUGGAUAUGUCCAAACCGAUCAUUCCCAUGAAGCUUUAUUGCUUUUCAAAGAGUUCUUGAUUGACGAGAGUGACAGUGACUGUGAGAGUCAGAGUGAGGUGGAGAAGGAAGCGUAUAUCGAUUCGGUUGCCAUGGUUUCAAUUCUAUCAGCUUGUUCUCGUGUUUCUGUAAAGGGUACUACCGAAGGAGUUCAUGGGUUUGUGAUAAAAAGGGGGUUUGAGGAAAAUGUUGGUGUUGGGAAUACUCUAAUGGAUGCUUAUGCCAAGUAUGGUGAGGUGGGUCUGUCUAGGAAGGUGUUUGAUGAGAUGACUGAGAAGGAUGUAGUUUCUUGGAAUUCAAUGAUUGCAGUGUGUGCGCAACAUGGGUUGUCGGAUGAGGCAGUGAAACUGUUUUAUGGCAUGGUUCGAGAUAGAGAUGUUGAUUAUAAUGCCGUGACUUUGUCUGCCGUGUUGUUGGCCUGUGCACAUUCAGGAGCUCUGCAAUUGGGGAAGUGUAUACAUGAUCAGGUUGUAAAGAUGGGGUUGGAGGAGAAUGUAUAUGUGGGUACGUCAAUUAUUGACAUGUAUUGCAAAUGUGGGAGAGCAUGGAUGGCGAGGAGGGCAUUUGCUCGCAUGAAGGAGAAGAAUGUGAAGUCAUGGACGGCCAUGAUUGCCGGUUAUGGAAUGCAUGGCCAUGCCAGAGAAGCUCUGGAUGUUUUCUAUGACAUGAAUCGUGCUGGGGUGAAACCAAAUUAUAUAACUUUUGUGUCAGUUCUAGCAGCUUGUAGCCAUGCUGGUUUGUUGGAUGAAGGAUGGCAUUGGUUCCAAGCCAUGGAACACAAAUUUAAUAUUGAACCUGGGGUGGAGCAUUAUGGUUGCAUGGUCGAUCUUCUUGGGCGUGCGGGUUUUCUCAACAAGGCUUAUGAUUUGAUCCAGAAAAUGAAGGUGAGGCCUGAUUUUGUGGUUUGGGGUUCUCUUCUUGCUGCAUGUAGAACACACAAGAAUGUGGAGCUCGGGGAGAUUUCUGCAAGGAAAUUGUUUGAAUUAGAUCCAAAUAAUUGUGGGUAUUAUGUCUUGCUUUCCAACAUAUACGCCGAUGCUGGAAGGUGGGAAGAUGUGGAAAGGAUGAGAAUAUUUAUGAAAAAUUAUGGACUAGUUAAACCAGCUGGAUUCAGUUUGGUUGAAUUAAAAGGUAGAGUUCAUGUAUUCUUAGUCGGAGAUGGGGAACAUCCUCAACGAGACAAGAUUUAUGCAUAUUUGGAAGAAAUUUCUGUGAAGUUGCAGGAAGCUGGCUAUGUACCCAAUAUGACAUCAGUUCUUCAUGAUGUUGACGAGGAAGAGAAGGGAAUGAUGUUAAGAUUUCAUAGUGAGAAGUUGGCUGUAGCCUUUGGAGUUAUAAAUUCUGUUCCCGGUACAACAAUACAGGUUAUUAAGAAUCUUAGGAUUUGUGGUGACUGUCAUACAACAAUUAAAUUGAUUGCGAAGAUUGCAAAUCGAGAAAUUGUGGUAAGAGAUUCAAAACGGUUUCAUCAUUUUAGGGAUGGUUUAUGUUCCUGCGGGGAUUACUGGUGAUACUUGUAAAAGCUUGAGCAGAUUUUGAACUGUAAAUUAUUGCUCAUUUUUC